GAACAUUGAUGAAUGUGCAAGCGUUCCUGACUCUUUAAAAAAAGCUCGCGCUUGUCGUGUUUGCUCGCUGAUCAAGACUUAUGAUCAGUUUAAAAGAGAAGGAUGCGAUAAUUGUGAAAGUUUUCUUAGGCUUCGCGGCCAAUCUGAUAAGGUCAAGGAAUGUACAAGUCCCGAUUACGACGGAAUGAUUGCACUUAUGAAGCCUCGUGCUGAUUCGUUCAUUUCUAAAGUAAAAAAACUUACACGUUAUGUACCAGGUACUUAUGCUGUUGGUGUUAGCGGUGAACUUCCGGAAUGGGUUGAAGACAUAAUGAUGGACGAAGGUAUUUACGUUUCACGAGACGAUGAUAAUAAUAAAUAUCUCAUGCCGAAAAAAGGACAACGG